GAAACCAGCUGGUAAGGUAAUGGUAAUACAUCGAGAAUUGACAAGCAGAUUAGAGUGGGAAUAAAUCAGUGUUCUUUCUCUUCUUUGUAGCUUUGUAUUAAAACAGAAAAAUUAUACUUAUGUAUAACGAGGCCAUAUUAUUCAUGUGUUAGAGACAAUACAAUCAUAUAAUUGUUAUGGAAACAGAAUCACGGAAUUCGGUCUGACGUUUCUCAGUUUCAUCGUUCCAAGGAUUCAUCAUUACACAGUUGUCAGCUGUUUAGUUCAAUAUGGACUAAUAGCUUACUAGUUCCGUCAGUAAAGUGAAUAGAAAACGUUCUCUCUCGAGAUAACUGACUAUAAAAAUAUACAAACCAGCACGCGGUUUAUACCCAUUAAUAAUAAUAAUAGUAUUAUUAAUAACAUCAACAGUAAGAAAAAAAAAUCAUUAUAAUAACAAUAAUAAUAAAAGUAAUAAUAAUCAUAAUAAUUAUUACAAUAUUAAUGUUGACAUAAAAAAGUAAGUAAAAUUUACUAGAAAAAAAAAAAAAAAAAAAAAAAAAAUCCGUUAGUACUUUUAUGCAAAGUCUAGUGCGUAAGGUUGAUGUAUUGACGCAAGGACUAAAAUACAGUUUAUCUGGACUCAUGAACCUCGCAAAUCAAACUGCUGAAUCUCAGAGUGGUGCUUUCUUUGUUAAUUUUAAUCAGGACUGCACAUCAUUAUCGGUUGGAUCUAAAGCUGGCUACAGGAUAUUUUCAGUCAACUCAGUUGAUUAUUUAGAAAAUAUAUACGAAAAUGACACGGAUGACAUAUGUAUUGUCGAAAGAUUAUUCAGCAGCAGUCUUAUUGCCGUGGUCACAUACUCUUCUCCAAGAAAACUUAAAGUUUGCCAUUUUAAAAAGGGAACAGAAAUAUGUAACUACAGUUAUUCAAACACAAUUUUGGCCGUAAAACUUAACAGAGCAAGAUUGGUGGUUUGCUUGGAGGAAUCAUUGUAUAUUCAUAAUAUACGUGAUAUGAAAGUAUUGCACACGAUUCGUGACACUCCGCCUAAUGUUGCAGGCCUUUGUAUUCUCUCGAUAAACAGUGACAAUUGUUACUUGGCCUACCCCGGUUCGAAUACAAUCGGCGAGGUUCAAAUAUUCGACGCCAUUAAUCUUCAAGCCAAAACUAUGAUUCCAGCUCAUGACAGUCCGUUAGCAGCACUUGCUUUUAGCCCUAGUGGUACUAAAGUAGCUACGGCAUCUGAAAAAGGCACUGUGAUUCGAGUAUUUCAGGUUCACGAUGGUGCAAAACUUUUUGAAUUUCGUCGUGGUGUAAAAAGAUGUGUGUCAAUAAGUAGCUUGGCAUUUAGUAUGGAUUCAAUGUUUUUAUGUUGUUCCAGUAAUACUGAAACUGUACACAUAUUUAAACUAGAAGAAUCAAAAGAACCUCCGAAACAAGCUCCCGAUGAAGCACAAGGAUGGAUGGGGUAUUUAACAAAAGCUGUUUGUGCAUCAGCUAAUUAUUUACCAUCGCAAGUAACUGAUGUAUUUAAUCAAGGCCGUGCUUUUGCAAGUGUUCAUCUUCCUUUUCAAGGAUUGAAAAAUGUCUGUGCCAUUACUACGAUAGAAAAGGUAUUAAGGUUGUUAGUAGCUAAUGCAGACGGAUAUCUUUAUAUUUAUGAUCUUGACCCUGAUGAAGGUGGUGAUUGUACGCUGUUGAAACAGCACAGGUUAGAUGGAAAACAAGAUGAAGUGGAUUGUGCCAGUGUAUCAAACAUUGGUCCGAGUACUGGUGAAGGAACAGCGUCUGUAACUCCUUCAGCACCAAUAGUACAAAAUCCAGCCUGCAUAAAUAGCUACGCGGGUGCGUUGCGCGGCCGCUCGCCAGACUCCAUGUCAGGUACUGAGUCAGAAAAAUAUCAUGAGAUGAUAGCAGCAACGGAGAGUCCACCAAAAGGUGGAACAUUUCGACUGGACGAUGACACAGAAUUUCCACCAGUAACACAGAGAACAGAUUGAAGGAAUAAUUGAAUACAUAUCAAGUGGUAAUCAUCGAUUUAAUGAGACAACAUUUAAAUUCAGAUGAUAAUGUGAUAUUGCAGAAUAGGAUUUCUGAUGUCAUUAUAAUAUUGUUUACUACUCAUUAUUUUCAAACGAAAUCUUUUUAAUUCAAUAUUUACUUUUUCUGAGUGGUCUUUGACCAAAAACUUGUAAUGCGCGUGAAAAUAUAAAUAUUCUUUGUAUAGAAUAAAAGUUAAAAAAGUAAAAAAAAAAA